ACUGCACCACUGGUCUGAAAUCUGCUUAUCGACCAGACAGAAGAACAAGUCGCUGUUGACCAGCUGUUGUAUGAAAACAGCUGGGCGAUCAGGGCGAGAAGAGAUAAACAACAAUACAACGAAACACACAUUUUUCAUACACCAAAAGGCUUCCUCUGUGUGAGCAGGCAGGAUGGCAGGGGCGGAGGUCUAUGGCCCCGUUAACCCCUCCUGCAAGAUCAUGACCUUCAGGCCCACCGUGGAGGAGUUCAGAGACUUCAACCGGUACCUGGCCCACAUGGAGGCCCAGGGGGCGCACCGUGCUGGCCUCGCCAAGGUGAUUCCUCCUAAAGGCUGGCGUCCUCGGUGUAGCUAUGAUGAUAUUGAUGACCUGGUGAUCCACGCUCCUAUCCAGCAGAUGGUUGCUGGCCAGUCAGGCCUGUUCACUCAGUUCAACAUCCAGAAGAAACCGCUCAGCGUUAAGGAGUUCAGACGCCUCGCCAACAGUGACAAAUACUGUACUCCCCGCUACCUGAACUAUGAGGACCUGGAGAGGAAGUACUGGAAGAACCUGACCUUCGUAUCUCCCAUAUAUGGAGCUGACGUCCCCGGGAGCCUCUAUGACGAGGGUAUAGAGGAGUGGAACAUCGGCCACCUCAACUCCAUCCUGGAUGUGAUUGAAGAGGACUGUGGUGUUUCUAUCCAGGGGGUGAACACACCCUACCUGUACUUCGGCAUGUGGAAGACCAGCUUCUCCUGGCACACUGAAGACAUGGACCUUUAUAGCAUCAACUACCUGCACUUUGGAGAGCCCAAGUCCUGGUAUGCCAUCCCCCCUGAGCAUGGGAAGAGACUGGAGAGACUGGCUACAGGUUUCUUCCCCAACGGGUUUAAAGGAUGUGAGGCUUUUCUCCGUCACAAGAUGACCCUGAUCUCCCCUUCUAUCCUGAAGAAGUAUAGCAUCCCUUUCGACAAGAUCACCCAGGAGGCGGGAGAGUUUAUGAUCACCUUUCCCUAUGGGUACCACGCUGGCUUCAACCACGGCUUCAACUGUGCCGAGUCGACCAACUUCGCUAGUGUCCGAUGGAUCGACUACGGCAAGGUGGCCACUCAGUGUACAUGCAGUAAAGACAUGGUGAAGAUCAGCAUGGAUCCCUUUGUGAAGUGGUUCCAACCGGACCGCUAUGCUGUGUGGAAGCUUGGGAAAGACUGCUGUCCUCUGGACCACACACGAGCCACGCCCGCCACCACCCCAGAACUGCAGAACUGGCUUCAGCGCAGCCGGGUCAAGACCCCUGUGAACAGCAGCCUCUCACACCCACGGACCAGAUCCAAGCGCCUGAGGACCAGCGAGGAGCCUGUCGCCUUGGAAGGGUGCUCUGUCCUGGCAAGGAGGAGGGGCCUCGGAGGCACCCUGGGUCCCAAGGUCCGGAGAGGCUGCAGGGCUGGGGAGGAUGAGGACGAUGAGGAGGAAGGAGAGGAUCAGACUGAGAAUACACUCCGGCUCCCUGGUCCUUGUCGGCAGAUGUGUGUGGUGAAAGUCAACAGAAUGGAAGUGGAGAGUGACCGGUUGGCCUUCCCCUGUCCUCCUGAACCUCUGCGCCCCUCGUCUUUCCCCUCUUCCGACUUCUCUUCUCGCCCCUCUCCCUCUCUGACCCCUGUCUCAGUGGACACCACAGAACAAGGGACAGGGGCGGGGACUCACCCCUCACCCCAUCUGCAUCCCACUAACCCCCCACAGAACCCCUCAGGGUCAGAGUUCGCAGAGGUCAUUAAAGGACCCCAUCAGAGGUCCGAGGCUGCCCCAACACCUUCCCGAUCAGAAAGAAGAGAAAUCCCCGGAGGACCGUUGAAGUCAGUAUGUAUAGAAUCGACUCCACUGGGACAGGUCCCCGAGGACUGCUCUGUGGAUGUCCACCCCUCUCCAGACCCCUUACGGACCAGGUUACCUUCCCCCAGAACGGUGCACCCGACUGGGGCUCAGGGGUGUACGGACUCGGCCUGUGGCCCUGGAGCUUUUCAAUCAAGUUCUUCUUGCGUAGAGAAGUCAUCUUUAAACCUAACCUCAACCCUGCAGCCCUCAGCCCCCGGCACUGAGUAUAAAAUGGAUACGUGUCAAGGUACUGCGGUUAAUACUACUACUACUACUACUACUACUACAACACACAGCAGUCACACCUCUGAAAGCAAAACACCAGCACUUUACAAUGACAUUGACACGAAUACUGACUCCGGGUCCAGAGGACGUGUUAUUUCUGGUUCUGGUCCAGAUAACUUGUUCAGGUGUGGUGAAAAAAACUGCACUCCCGUUGAAAACCGUUCCUCUCUCCCGAUGUGUACUACACACAACCGUGUCCCCAUACAAAACCCUUCCCUUCUUCCGAGGUGUAGUUUACGAGACUGUUGCCCUCCUUUCCUCCAGAGGAACAACGGGGUCGACAUGCCUUUCCUCACUCCAGAACUGUCUGGAGAGACGAGGUUCUGCCCGCCUCUGCCGCCCGUUCUCACCCAGGAGAUGCCCUCCCUCACACUCGCCGUCAGUGGAGGUCACGCCGAGAUCAAAGGUCCGAGGUCGUCGUCCUCCUCCUCGACUGGCCGACGCGUUGGUGCUCUAACCUUACCGGAUUUGCCGGGCAGUCACCCUGUCCUCGCCCCCGUGCUCCGACGCGAGACACCCACGACCCUCUCGCCAGGAACGGAAACGUUAACGGACGAGGUGUGCGAGGUGGAGUUGGCGUCAAAGAAGUCGGAGGAAGAGGAUUUUCCACCGUUAGCGCCUUACAGAGACUGGCGCUUGGGUUCUGCUGAAGACCACCAUAGACCAGAGCUGGAUUUACAGUUAGCGGCUUACGUCGCUAAUGCAACUAGCAAUGCUCGGCCCAAAAUGGCCGCCUCUGAUCACAAAAUGGCCCUCUCUCGGCACUCUGGUCCUACUGAAGACCACCACCAUAGGCCAGAGCUGGAUUUACAGGUAGCAGCUUACGCGGCGGCUAGUGCAACCAGCGACGCUCAUCCCGAAAUGGACGCCUCUCUGCACAAAAUGGCCGCCGACGCUUCCCAUCUAGAAGCACUACCAAUCCAAACAUUGUCUGAAACAGUGCUGACCACCGACAACCACUGUAGUCGAACCUCCGCGGAGACUCAUGCUAGCAAUAAUAACCACAUGCUCUGUGACGUUACACUACUGCCAACGCAGCAAAUUCAGAAACACAGGUCCUCGACGGUAACUACAGCAGUAUCCAUGGACUCCGACUCAGAAGGAUCCUCUCAAAGAGACGAUGUAUUUAGAGACUCCAGUACUAAGGGUUUAUAUCUCGCUAGCACCAGUUUGACUUCUAAAGAUAAGUUGACACACUCUUCUGAGCUGAGUGAAUUGCAUGACCAUUCAGCAACAGUACAACACCAACACAACCAUGACCAAACUCCACACUCCAACAUGGAUUCCAUUUGUAGUUCCCAAAAUGUGGAUUCCAUUUGUAGUUCCCGAAAUGUGGAUUCCAUUUGUAGUUCCCAAAAUGUGGAUUCCAUUUGUAGUUCCCGAAAUGUGGAUUCCAUUUGUAGUUCUCGAAACGUGGACUCUGUUUGUAGUUCCCAAAACCUCUACCUGGAGCCCAAACCUUUCUCAGACGGCAUCUGGAAGAACCUCAACUCCCAGAGUCCUGCGGUGCUCAUCGAGAGCCUCCACCACCCGGAGCUCCCCGCCGACUAUACCCACGAUGCACUACCUUACACCAUGUGGACCGAGCCGCAGUGCAAAGAGGUCACGGACCUCGAUCACGAAACUGAGACGGACGACCAGGACCCAGAGGGACAUGGGGACGGGCCUCUCACCUGGGCCCAGCUGGAGUCCACCUCUCUGGGGUCGGCCGGUGUCGGGGAGCCCCUGGGCCUCUGUGGAGACUUUGAGCUCCAGAGAGGGGAGGUGGAGGCAGCGGAAGCCCUGGCUCUGUGCAGGGAACUGGGGGUGGAGAGGGAGGCCGAGGGGGCUCUAGAACCUGACCCUCCCGAAUCGCCCUUGGAGGAGAGACCGGGGGAAGGGGAGGUGUCCGAUAUGGAAGAGGGAGAUUCGGAGGAUGAGGGGCAGAGCAGCACGAGGGAGGAGAGUAGUAGUGAGUCAUCGGAAGGAGAGGCUGAAGAAGAGGAAGAAGGGGAGGAAGACUAUGAUAAUGAUUUGAGAGACUUUGAGUGUGGCGACUCGGGGCUGGAACCUGGAGAGGUUUGCACUUACCCUGCUGCUCCGCUGGCGAAGAGGACCAGUAAGAGCUGGCGUCGCCCUCUGAGGAAGCCCACCGCCCGGGCCGUGCCCUCCACUGUCAAACAACAGGCUGUCAGCGACGACGAACCCCCGGAGGCGUCUUUGAUGGAGGGGGAGGAGCAAGAGGCUGAGCCAUGGGCUAAGCCCCUCCUCUUCCUGUGGCAGAACAGGAAGUGUUACUUCACGGCGGAGAGAGAGUACAACGCUAACGCAGCCAAGAUGUUGCCGAACUGCGCUGUCUGCACACUGUUCAUGCCCUACUACCAGCCUGAGGACAGAGCUGACCGCCUCAAGCCCGUCCCCUCCUCCCCUCUCCCCUCCUCCCCUCCCCCGUCUCCCACCACCUCCAGGACUAGAGGAGGACCAGGGGGUCUGAGGAGGAGCAAGCCCCUGCUACCAGAGAUCUGUUUCAGCUACAGGGAGCAGACGUGCCCCACCUACCCCACCAACGCCCUGCUGCAGGAGGACGGCACCAGCCCGCUGAUCACCUGUCAGGGGUGCUGUCUACAGGUUCACGCUAGUUGCUAUGGCGUUGCCGCCGAUGAUGUCAGCGAGGACUGGUCGUGUGACCGCUGUGCGGACGGAACCUUGACGGCUGAGUGUUGUCUGUGUAAUCUGAGAGGAGGAGCUCUGAAGAAAACUACAGAUGACAAGCAAGGACAAUUUAUUAAUGGCCCGUGGGCCCACGUGAUGUGUGCAGUAGCUCUGUCAGAGGUCUGGUUCAGGGAUGAAGUCAGGAGGAGUCCCAUUGAUAUCAGCAGGAUACCCAUGCAGAGAUACAAACUGAAGUGUAUCUACUGCCGUAAGCGGUGUGUGAGGCGUGGCCAGGGUGGGGGAGGGGCAUGUAUCCAGUGUUCGUGCGGUCGAUGCCCCACCUCCUUCCACGUUACCUGUGCCCACGCCGCCGGGGUCACCAUGGAGCCGGACGAGUGGCCUUACGUGGUGUCAAUCACCUGCCACAGGCACCAAUCACGGAGCUCGUCUGCUGUGAGUACUCAGAGCGGCUCGGCUUCGGUCCCUCCCACCACACAGCGUGCAGCGUUUCAGAAGGACAUCGUCCUGGGUCAGACCGUCAUCUCCAAACACAAGAACCUGCGGUACUACAGUUCAAAGGUCACCCAGGUGACCUCCCAGACCUUCUAUGAGGUCAUGUUUGAUGACGGAUCCUUCAGCAACGACACCUACCCAGAGGACAUAGUGAGCCGGGACUGUGCCUGUCUCGGUCCUCCAGAAGUAGGGGAGGCUGUCCAGGUGAAGUGGCCUGAUGGACUCUUCUAUGGAGCCAAAUACCAGGGAUCCAACACCUCGCAUAUGUACCAGGUGGAGUUUGAGGAUGGUUCCCAAGUGGUAGCUAAGCGAGAGGAUGUCUAUACUCUGGAUGAAGACCUUCCCAAAAAGGUGAAAGGGCGACUCUCGACGGCAUCCAGCAUGCGUUUCCAGGACGCCUUCUUCACGACCCAGGGAGAGAGGAAGAGACAGAGAACGCCCAACUCCCGUUUCCAGAAAGACUAUGUGGCCCUCCCAGGCCUCCUUACCGCCAGCCAGAGCACAUGGGAACCCCGCAGCCCUAAAGGGAAAUGAUAGAGGGGUGGAGAGGUGGAUGGAGUGAUGACAAAAUGAAUGCACUGAUGUAUGUGUGCGUGGGUGUAGCUGUGGGAUGUGAAGGUGUGUGUGUGUGUGUGUGUGUCGGGGGGGGGGGGGUAGGAAAGAGGGCUGGGCAGAGGACAAUUUUGAUUGGACUGUAUUGUCCUGAAGAAAGGUUAUCAUGUGUUGUGGUGGUUACCCAGUGCUUUCUCAUAAGUCAGGGACUUCACAACAACAAAUAUUUGUCACCUGAGUUGCGUUUCUUUUUAUAUAAUAAAAAGACAAACACGUUUUUCUUUGUAUAUUUACAAAAACAAACGGAGCUUCUUUUUUUUUCCUUCUUUCUAAACAACCGACAAUACAGUAACGUUUUGGAAUCUGUUGUGUCUACAUGAGGAUUUGGAAUCUGUUGUGUCUACAUGAGGAUUUGGAAUCUGUUGUGUCUACAUGAGGAUUUGGAAUCUGUUGUGUCUACAUGAGGAUUUGGAAUCUGUUGUGUCUACAUGAGGAUUUGGAAUCUGUGUCUACAUGAGGAUUUGGAAUCUGUUGUGUCUACAUGAGGAUUUGGAAUCUGUUGUGUCUACAUGAGGAUUUGGAAUCUGUUGUGUCUACAUGAGGAUUUGGAAUCUGUUGUGUCUACAUGAGGAUUUGGAAUCUGUUGUGUCUACAUGAGGAUUUGGAAUCUGAUGUAUCUACAUGAGGAUUUGGAAUCUGUUGUGUCUACAUGAGGAUUUGGAAUCUGUUGUGUCUACAUGAGGAUUUGGAAUCUGUUGUGUCUACAUGAGGAUUUGGAAUCUGUUGUGUCUACAUGAGGAUUUGGAAUCUGUUGUGUCUACAUGAGGAUUUGGAAUCUGUUGUGUCUACAUGAGGAUUUGGAAUCUGUUGUGUCUACAUGAGGAUUUGGAAUCUGUUGUGUCUACAUGAGGAUUUGGAAUCUGAUGUAUCUACAUGAGGAUUUGGAAUCUGUUGUGUCUACAUGAGGAUUUGGAAUCUGUUGUGUCUACAUGAGGAUUUGGAAUCUGUUGUGUCUACAUGAGGAUUUGGAAUCUGAUGUAUCUACAUGAGGAUUUGGAAUCUGUUGUGUCUACAUGAGGAUUUGGAAUCUGUUGUGUCUACAUGAGGAUUUGGAAUCUGUUGUGUCUACAUGAGGAUUUGGAAUCUGUUGUGUCUACAUGAGGAUUUGGAAUCUGUUGUGUCUACAUGAGGAUUUGGAAUCUGUUGUGUCUACAUGAGGAUUUGGAAUCUGUUGUGUCUACAUGAGGAUUUGGAAUCUGAUGUGUCUACAUGAGGAUUUGGAAUCUGUUGUGUCUACAUGAGGAUUUGGAAUCUGAUGUAUCUACAUGAGGAUUUGGAAUCUGAUGUAUCUACAUGAGGAUUUGGAAUCUGUUGUGUCUACAUGAGGAUUUGGAAUCUGAUGUGUCUACAUGAGGAUUUGGAAUCUGAUGUAUCUACAUGAGGAUUUGGAAUCUGAUGUAUCUACAUGAGGAUUUGGAAUCUGAUGUAUCUACAUGAGGAUUUGGAAUCUGUUGUGUCUACAUGAGGAUUUGGAAUCUGUUGUGUCUACAUGAGGAUUUGGAAUCUGUUGUGUCUACAUGAGGAUUUGGAAUCUGUUGUGUCUACAUGAGGAUUUGGAAUCUGUUGUGUCUACAUGAGGAUUUGGAAUCUGUUGUGUCUACAUGAGGAUUUGGAAUCUGUUGUGUCUACAUGAGGAUUUGGAAUCUGUUGUGUCUACAUGAGGAUUUGGAAUCUGUUGUGUCUACAUGAGGAUUUGGAAUCUGAUGUAUCUACAUGAGGAUUUGGAAUCUGUUGUGUCUACAUGAGGAUUUGGAAUCUGUUGUGUCUACAUGAGGAUUUGGAAUCUGUUGUGUCUACAUGAGGAUUUGGAAUCUGUUGUGUCUACAUGAGGAUUUGGAAUCUGUUGUGUCUACAUGAGGAUUUGGAAUCUGUUGUGUCUACAUGAGGAUUUGGAAUCUGUUGUGUCUACAUGAGGAUUUGGAAUCUGUUGUGUCUACAUGAGGAUUUGGAAUCUGUUGUGUCUACAUGAGGAUUUGGAAUCUGUUGUGUCUACAUGAGGAUUUGGAAUCUGUUGUGUCUACAUGAGGAUUUGGAAUCUGUUGUGUCUACAUGAGGAUUUGGAAUCUGUUGUGUCUACAUGAGGAUUUGGAAUCUGAUGUGUCUACAUGAGGAUUUGGAAUCUGUUGUGUCUACAUGAGGAUUUGGAAUCUGUUGUGUCUACAUGAGGAUUUGGAAUCUGAUGUAUCUACAUGAGGAUUUGUUUUUAAUAUGAAUGCAUCCCCAGUCCCAGCCUGUGUCCCAAAUGGCUCCCUAUAUACUGGGCCCUGGUUAAAAGUAGUGCACUUCUAUAAGGGAAUAGGGUGCUAUUUGGGAGGCUGUCCCAGUGUUUUCCCUCUCCGCAUGUCAGCUGUCGUCUGCUACUUCUUCUCCUCGGCCGCGUCUCCCAUACUCUCAGAGCGUCUUCCUCUCCUCAUUUCCUUGUAUACUCGUCUCCUUUCCUUGUAUCCUCCAUUUCACACUGACCCCGAAAGACCUGGACAGGUGUAGGCGAACACACGAAAGACAUCACCAGAUCAGUGCAGAUUAAGUCGAGGAGUUGAGGAAAAAGGAGACGAGAAGAGGAAGCAACCAGAGUUGCUACUGUCGCUGUGUUGAAUAAAAACACGGUGAUCUAAUUAUUUAAUUUAAUAUUUGUAUUUAUUUUGGGGGCUUUCAAAAAGGCAUUGCUAACUGCUGUAAGGAAAACAAUAAAAAACUUCCAUGUC